AAAUGAUUUACAUCAAAAAACGAUUAGCAAAGUAACUAACUGUACCGCGAGCUUUCGAAGCUCACCUAAAUUAAUAAUAUAGCCAAAUGAAGUAUUUCAUUUAUGGAUGUCUUAAAAAUAUAAAUAAAUAUAUUCAAUAAUUAAAUUAUAUUUAAUAAUACUGUCUAAAGUAUGCACGGUGCAAUGCUAUAAAUCUAUAAGUUCUUAGAAGAUUAUUAUCUAUAUUGUUUUAUUCUUUCUACAAGGGAAGUACCGCCCUUCUGGUUCCGCUACAUUCACAACAUCCAAGAUGUCUGCCGCCAUUUCGUCCCUCGUUUCGUACGGGAGCGAUUCCGAUUCAGAAAAUGAGCCUGAAACUAAUACGAGUGCCGAGAAAGUGAACCCAGUGGAUCCGGACGCUACGGCUCACCUUAAACCGUUGCAGUCUGGAUGCACAAUGUCUUUGGCUGUUUUAAAUUCUGCUCCGGAGGUCGCUGUUAAGGAGUCUGUUGAGACUGGCACACAUCUGGACCCUUCUCUGAAAGAAGUCACUUAUAACCCAACAUUUGAAACCAUGUUUGCACCCGAGUUUGGACCAAUGAACCCUUUUAAAACCCAGCAGAUGGCUGCCCCCAGGAACAUGUUAUCUGGCUAUGCAGAACCAGCACAUGUCAAUGAUUUUAUGUUUGAACAGCAAAGGAGGACCUUCUCCUCAUAUGGUUAUGCUUUAGAUCCGUCUGUUAGCACGCACGAAGCAUCCUCUAAUAACUACGUUGGUGCCGUGGAAGAGGCUGAGAAACAUAAAGGGCUGACUGUUUUUGAGAGUGGCCAUAAGAAGUCACAGAGGAGGAAAAAGGUCAAAGGUGGAGAUGCAGGAGAAAUUGACAAUUUUCUUGGACCAUGGGCAAAAUAUGCAGAUGAGAAAGAUGUGGCCAAGCCAACAGAGGAGGAGCAGAAAGAGCUGGAUGAGAUUACAGCCAAGAGGCAGAAGAAGGGAAGAAAUGAGGAAGAUGCUCCUGCAGAAGAGAAAACUAUUCUUCAUGUUAAAGACAUGUAUGAUUACCAGGGCAGGUCGUAUCUCCACGUCCCACAGGAUGUGGGCAUCAAUCUCCGUUCUGCGGAUGUUCCAGACAAAUGUUACUUGCCUAAGAAACAGAUUCAUGUCUGGUCUGGACACACCAAGGGUGUCAGUGCAAUCCGAUUAUUUCCAAGCUCUGGUCAUCUGCUGCUCUCCUGCUCCAUGGACUGCAAGAUCAAGCUGUGGGAGGUGUACGGUGAGAGGAGAUGUCUUCGUACUUUUAUUGGUCACAGCAAAGCUGUGCGAGACAUUUGUUUCAACAACAGUGGGACUCAGUUCCUCAGCGCUGCAUAUGACCGCUACCUUAAACUGUGGGACUCUGAGACAGGCCAGUGUAUCUCCCACUUCUCCAACAGGAAGGUACCAUACUGUGUCAAGUUCAACCCAGACGAGGACAAACAGAACCUUUUUGUGGCCGGCAUGUCAGAUAAGAAGAUUGUCCAGUGGGACAUCAGGACGGGCGAGGUGGUUCAGGAGUACGAUCGUCACCUGGGCGCCGUCAACACCAUCACCUUUGUUGACGAGAAUCGUCGGUUUGUCAGCACAUCAGACGACAAGAGCCUUCGAGUUUGGGAGUGGGACAUCCCUGUGGACUUUAAGUACAUUGCUGAGCCCAGUAUGCACUCCAUGCCAGCUGUGACACUCUCUCCCAAUGGUAAAUGGCUUGCCUGUCAGUCCAUGGAUAACCAGAUUUUGAUCUUUGGAGCCCAAAACCGCUUCAGGCUAAACAAAAAGAAAGUCUUCAAAGGUCACAUGGUAGCUGGCUAUGCAUGCCAAGUGGACUUCUCUCCAGACAUGAGUUAUGUGGUGUCAGGAGAUGCGGAUGGAAAGCUGAACAUUUGGGACUGGAAAACCACCAAGCUUUAUCACAGGAUCAAGGCUCAUGACAAGGUGUGCAUCAGCGCCCUGUGGCAUCCGCAUGAAACCUCCAAGGUCAUCACCUGUGGCUGGGAUGGACAGAUAAAACUCUGGGAUUAGAUCUGUCCUUGAGGAAGGGGUUUCUGGAAAUAAUGGGCAUGACCUAACUGGUUCAAUAAAAAUAAAGGGGCUGAUUGUCCCAUGGACUGGAAUUGUUUUGGCGUUAAAGUCAAAGGACUGGUAUCCAGUCUGAUUGUAGAGGUGUAUUUUUUUGUACCCUGUAAGAGAUCAAAAUACUUACUCUGUAAUAUCUGUACAAACAUGAACUUUUAAGAAAUGUUCCUACUGCUGAAAAAGCAUUAGAGGGGGUACCUUCGUAUUUUUAAAAUGUGUUUUUUGCCAUUCUAUUUUGCAUUGUCCUGGUAGUAUACCUUUGAUAUUUUUGGUUUAAAAAAAUAUAUUCUCUGUUUUCAGUUGUAUGGCCAUCCCUUUGUGGAAAUAAACAUUCUGAA